GGAGGGGAUUCCCGUCGCCCGGAGAGUAAACAAGGCGGCGGCCAUCUUUGUCCGAGGGGCCGCUCCGGGGGUCUGUAAAUUCCCCACUUUCCCGACAAAACGAGGGAAGUAAUGGCCACUUUACCUCACCGAUCCGGCUGAAGAAGCGAGAUGCGUCGUUAGAAUCCGAAAAGAGAGGGGGUUUAUUUUCGCCAACAUGGAGGUUCUCAUCAGCGAGGAGCGGUCGAAGAUGGGCGCGGGGAAAGGGGCGGCUCCGUGGGGCGGGGAGGCCGAGGUGGAGGAUCACUAUGACAGCGGCAUCGGCUCUCUCAGCGACCUGCAGAGCCGGCACUUCGGGCCGCUGGACGGGGCCGCGGUGUCCGUGUCCGUGUCCGUGUCCGGCCCGGGAUGCGAGCCCGACGUGUGGCCGUCCAGCCAGCAGCGGCUCGAGUGCGGCAUCGGCCAGAUCACCCGCGGCCUGGAGCGGGUGGAGCUCCGUGGCCGGGAACGGGAGCCGGCGCCCGCCGACCUGGCGCAACUGCUCAGCUACCGCACCGAGGAGCUCGACUCGAUGCUGCACCUCGCCAUCAUUCAUGAGGAAGAUUGCCUACUGGAGCACCUUCUCCAUUGUAUGAAGGGUACAGAUUUUCUCGAUCUACAGAACGACAUGAAGCAGACAGCGCUGCAUUUGGCCGUGAUCCUUGGGCGGGCGGAGUUGGUGACGAAGUUGGUAGCAGCUGGAGCGAACCUCUUGCUUCAAGAGAAGGAUGGGAACACUGCUUUACACCUGGCUUGCAAGGAGAUGGCACUUGCCUGUGUCCAGGCACUCCUGUUUCAACAUUCCACCGAACUAAAGUAUUCCAGUCUGUUGGACCCUGCACAGUUUCGGCAGCAGCUACAUUUCUAUAACUACCGAGGCUUCACGCCCCUCCAUGUGGCUGUACUGCUUAAUGAUGUUCAGGUGGUGGAGUAUCUUUUGCAUUUUGAAGUGGAUGUGAAUGCAAAGGAGAAAUGUGCAGGUCGGACUGCGUUACACCUGGGAGUAGAACAGCAGAACCGGCACAUCAUCAAACUCUUGUUGAACAGAGGGGCAGAUGUCCAUGCCCAGAUGUACAAUGGCUGCACACCCAUUUGCCUGGCAGUGUACAUGCCUGACUCUGGAAUAACUCAGAUGCUCAGAGACUAUGGCUCUUCAGAACCCCUGUCAGACGAUGAGUCAGACGAAGAUGAAGGAAUUGAUGAAGAUGGUGUGGGAGAGUAUGAUGACUUUGUGGUGCAUGGAUGUUAAUGGAAGAUCUGAAAAACCUGCAGUGUCAUAUUUAAAGAUUCAAAACUGUAGCAUUAAAGUGGUUCAGCUCGACUGCUGUGAAAGGCCCUUUAGUCCCUUAUAACUGUUGUGUAUUGAACCAAUAUCUAGCAUUGGAGUAGUCUUUAUAACCUUGUGUCUGAAAGUAUGGGUUUGUGCCUUGAAUGUAACUGGCUGUCAUCCUUUCAAAGGGGAACUCGGUAGAAAGAUUCCAAGCAGGUGAGAUGAAGGGUAGGCCCUGCGGUUUGUUGGCAUGGGGAGGGCCGGAUGUGAGCAGUUGGUAAACGCAAAAAAAAAGCUGGGUUAUCUCAGCGGGUCAGACAGCAUCUCUGGAGAAAAGGAGAUGCUGCCUGACCCGCUUAGUUACUCCAGCUUUUUGUGUCUUUUCGGUUUAAGCAAGCAUCUGCAGUUCCUUCCUGCAUGUGUGAGCGGUUGGCAUGUGUAUAAAGUGCGAGGCAAACUUGGGGAAAACAGGCUGUGUAAGAAAGAGCUGCAGAUGCUGGUUUAAAUCGGUGUAAUUCGAGAAAGAAUGAGCAAUGUUUCUUGUCGAGACUCAGCGGGUGAGGCAGCAUCUCAGGAGAGAAGGAAUGGGUGAAGAAAGGGUCUCGACACGAAACCUCGCCCAUUGCUUCUCUCCUGAGAUGCUGCCUCACCCGCUGAGUUACUCCAGCAUUUUGUGCCUACCUGGGAAAACAGGCUGUUGUCGCGGUUACUGAAGCUGGAUGAUGGAGGAAGGACUAAGAAGAUGGGGUUUGAGUUGUGUUGCAGGGAUAGAGAAGGGAACAGGCAUGUGGGAGGGGAAGAGGGAACAUUGCUAUUUAAAAAAAAAAAAAAUUGGCUACUUCCACAAAGCCAAAGUCUUUCGCAAGACAACAAUGCCGUCUUCAGCCGAGGUUCCAUCUGUCAUUAGCAGGAAGCUCGGAAGUCAAUCUGCCGCAAGUAUUAAAGAAUACAUUUCUGCCUUGCAGCAGCUUCGGCAACCUCAGUACCGGCAAUGAACAGUUUGUGUGUUGCACCAACUCGCCGCGCCUCCGUCCGGUUUGCCGCUGCACUGCAUGAAUGCCGAGCGGCUUUCUGAGCAGCUGCUGCAGAAGCUUGUCUCGUGGACUAAAAUUACUUGGUGGAAAUUAAGGAGAAUCAGCGCUUAAAGAUUUGGGUUGCAAGGGUGUAUUUCAAGGCAGUUUCGGUAACUCCGUUCCAAUUAGCAAAUUCUUCCUGGUCACGUAAGGAGAGUAUGAAUGUCGCUGCACCCUUAGAGUCUGCUCACUGUGUCAGGUGUAAAGGAAUUUGCAGCUCAACAAUUUAAAUGAUUUGGUUUUCCUUUUAACUUCCCUUGGCUGGAUGUGAACGCAUAUGUGCAGUGGCUUAGGACAAGGAACAGAAUCCACUAAUAAAGGUAUAAAGCAAAAUGAGUUUCCUGAUUUCAUAAAAGUAAUUCAUUGAAAAUGCAUAUAUAUAUAUAUAUUAGACCAUGUAUUGUGUAGGUGCAUUUCAUACAUAAGUUUUGAUAUUCAAAGAAGUCUUGUAGCCUAUCGAUAGCUUCUCAGUUGUAUUGGUAUGUUUAAUGAGACUCCUUUAUGAAAGCUCUGAGGGGUGAGGAUUCACUCGCUGUUCCCUCUCAUUCCUCCUGAUGUUCCCAUUAGGAGCAUCCCUACCCCUUGCUAAUUGUCCAUCAAGAAGCUGAACAGCUCAGGUAGACAAAAAUGCUGGAGAAACUCAGUGGGUGCAGCAGCAUCUGUGGAGUUAGGGAAAUAGGGAAGAAGGGUUUCGGCCCGAAACGUUGCCCAUUUCCUUCGCUCCAUAGACGCUGCCGCACCUGCUGAGUUUCUCCAGCAUUUUUGUGUACCUUCAAUUUUCCAGCAUCUGUAGUUCCUUCUUAAACAGCUGAACAGUUCACACCGUGUCUCUGGAGAGAGAAACAGUUCAUGUUUGAGACCAGUGACCUUUCCACACUGUGCACUUACUGCUUGAUCUGUUUUGUGUUUUAUCAGAGUGUUCUCAAUCCUCAGCAUUUUGCUACCCUGACCAGCAGAAGUCGUUUUCUCUCUGUCCAUCUUCUCAAUUCCCCAGAAUAUAUUGAAAACCUCAAACAGAUCACCCCAUAACUAAAUCCCAACACCAAUAAUUCCAGUCUCUGAACCAUCCAGGUUUCAUUCUGGUAAACCUACUGCACUCUCCCUCCCCCUGGCCCAAUAUAUUUUACUGAAGAUGUGAUCCAACCUAGGUUUUGAUCAGCUGUGGCACCAAACUCUCUGCCUUGCAAUCAUUGCAUCAUACUAGCUAAGAGGAAGGACGCAAAGUGCUGGAAUAACUCAGCGGGUCAGGCAGUGUCUGGUGAAAAGGAAUAGGUGACAUUUUGGGUUGCAGCCCUUCUUUAAUACAGAUGGAUUUUGCUGUCUUAACCGGCCUUGAAUUUAGUUCAGCAUUUUACCCCCAAAAGAAGCGGUGGUGACAAAGAUGAGCAGCUGACCAAUAUGCCCAAUACUUUAAGCUUCAGACUGGAAAUGGCUAUUUAAAAAAAUAUAUUUUAAACUCUUCCAAUAGAGCGAGUGAAAUAAGAACUAACCCACCCGGAAUUUUGUGAAAGUUCUGGUCAUGGAAUUACCUUGAAUCUGAGCGGAGAGAUGGCAUGAUGUCUAGAAAAGAGGUAGACAUUUAAACACACACUUUUACAUGCACCGACCUUCCAGCUUUCCAUUGCAAUGAUUUUUCAUUCUAUAUCUAUUUCAGCAUUUGAUGCUGCCUGUAAAAUAAAUGUGUGUGGGAUGGAAACUGAGCGUGCAGACUUCUCCCCGGGUCAUGUUGUGUGUUGCUGGUUUCUGAAAUCUUGUCAACGUUUCAUGGAUACGAGUAAUUAAAUCAGUAAGUUGUCUCCGAGGAGACCACCGAUUCACGCAG